AUGACCCGACAGCUGCUGCCUUCACUAGCACCACAACCAAUAGUGACUCGACAGCUGUCGGCGUUGUCUCCACAACCGACAUCGCCACUGGGCGGACCGUCAUCGUUUGAUGCAGCAGAAGCAGCGGAAGGAGAGCUGAGUGAGAAUGAUUUUCACCGGCUCGCAGACGAAGCCCUGCACUGGCUCCACGAGAACUUCGAUGUUCUAGGUGAUGAGGUGGACAUUGAAGGAUUCGAUGUUGACCUGUCACAAGGAGUUUUGACGCUUCGUCUCGGACAACACGGGAUCUUUCCCCCACUGCCCCCUUCCCUGCUUCGCCGUGCGAAUCCCCUUCCCUUUCCCACUUUUCUCUCUCCAGCUUCCCUCCACACUCCCCCUCUCGCGCCGCUUUGUCCUUCCAUCGCUUCCAUCUGGGCCUCCAUCCUUCCCUCCCUCCCUCUCCCUGUGUCUCCAUCCCUUUCUUCCAUUCCCCGUUCGUUAUUUUUCUACUUGCCGUCUGACUCCCCUCUCCUGCCAUUUCCCAUCUGUCUUUCAGCAUUCCCUUUCCCUGUCCCUUCCUUCUUCCCUGCACACCUUUUCCCCUAUUUGUCCGUUUUUCCUAAUCCUAUUAAUCCCUCCCCCGCAAAAACCUCUUACUUAUCUUCCUCAUCUUACCCAUCCCGCCCACCCUUCCCCUCGUCCUCUCUCCAUCGCCCUCUAUUCUUUUCCCCUAUAACUGCCCCCUUUCCCUUCCACUACCACCCUUGUUUUCCCUCCUUUGGUCCUCCUCCCAUCACUCGUCUCGUUUCACCCGCUUCUCCUCAUCUCGUCCAUUCUACUUUUGCACCCCUGUUUGCUUCUUCCUGCAUUCACAGCCUCCCAAAAUUUUCUAGGUAA